GGGGAGCUCCUGAACCCUGACCUCCACCCCGGUGCAGCCCCGCCGGGGGUCCCGUCCGUGUGGUGCCGUGCUUCUGACUACGAGAACUUCUCCUGCUCCUGGGCCGCGGCCCGCGACACCUUCCUGCCCACGCGCUACAUCACCACCUACCGGAAGAAGUCGCUGACCAGGGAAGAGAAGCGAAGGGUGCAGGGCGGACCGGUGGGGCUGUGCCUGCAGGACCCCGCGCACCCGGGCACGUGCACAGUGCCCAAGUCGGAGUUCUGGAGCUCAUACCGGCUCAACGUGACCGAGGUGAACCCGCUGGGCGCCAGCUUCCGCCUCCUGGACGUCACUAUGCAGGCCAUCCUGAAGCCGGACCCCCCGGAGGGGCUGGUGGUAGAGCCAGUGCCACGAGCCCCCCGGCGGCUGCGUGUGCACUGGCAGUACCCCGCCUCCUGGCCCAAGGAGCCCCACUUCCAGCUCAAGUUCCGGCUCCAGUACCGGCCUGUCAUGCACCGCGCCUGGUCCAUGGUGGAGACGGCGAACCUGUCCGAGGUGAUCACCGACGCCUUCUCCGGGCUGGAGCACGUGGUGCAGGUGGGCGCCAAGGACUUCCUGGACGCCGGGAACUGGAGCGAGUGGAGCGCCGAAGCCCGCGCCACACCGGUCACUGUGCCUCCGGACCCAGCCGCCACGGCCAGCGCAGAAACCACUACCGAAACCGGCCUGGAGCGCGCGGCCCACGAGCCCUCACCUGCUCCCAACCCCGAGCCCAUUGACCGCAGCGACCCCACGGAGAGGAUCGCCGUCCUGGUCUCACUCGGGGUCUUCGCCUUCGUGGUCCUGGCCGCCGUCCUGUUCGUCGCCCUCCUGGUCUGGCGCCGGGCAAGGAGUCAGGGCAAAGAGACACCCGAGAAACACGACUUCCUGGCAGCUGCCGUCCACCUCAAGACCCUGCCGAAAGCCCAGAUCUUGUAGCCGGGACCCCGUGGCUCCGGCGGGGGAGCCCCAUCCCCCCCACAUCACCCCCCAAGGACACAACACUACUGUGGGCUCGAGAGCGGUGCCCCGCGCCUGGACUGCGGUACUUGCCCUGCCUGCCGCCUGCACCAUUGCCCGGUGCCGGCAAGGAGCCGGCUGCGACCCCCAGGCAAGGUGGGGCACGGACCCCGGCAGGCACCAGCGUCGGGGGCGAUGGAAGGACCUGCCUGCACCUGGCGGGCGCAGGAUGAAGCCCUGGAGAUCGGGGCCCACGAACACUGCCCAGGCCUCAGACUCCAGCCCCAGACUGAGGGUGGCGGC